CAAUUGAUUGUCCUCUUUCUUUUACUUCAACAACAAACUGGGAACCAUAAUCCCCUGACCUCACCAGUUCCCCGCAAACGGUUCCGCCGCGACCGACCCUGCAGCUUCAGCUUCAGCUUCAACUCCAGCAGCAGAGGGAGAAACAGCGGUAGCUACUACGCCCCAACCACAGGACCAGCAACAGCCUCAACCUCAAACCCCCACUCCCUUCCCAGCAACGACAGCAACAGCAGCAACAAUGGCCGCCGACUCAACCUCCGCCAACACCCCGACCGCAGACUCCGCCGCCGCGACACCCACCAACACCACCACCACCACCACCACCGCCGCAGCAACAGCAGCAGCAGCAGCAGCAACAAGCGCUGCCAACGGCUCCCAAAUCCGACCGGGCGGAGCUCCCGCCCGCGUAUACAUGAACGAGAAGAUCGUGCCGUAUCUGCUCGAAGGGAUGAAGAGUGUCGCGAAGGAACAACCACCCAAUCCCCUCCGCGUGCUCGGCGAAUUCCUGAUUCAGAAGAGUAACGAAAUCGAGCAAGGGGGUGCAGCAGCAGCAGCACCAACAGCAGCACCAACAGCACAAACGCCGGAGUAAGAAGAGCUCAACUCCCAGCAAAUACGGAGACAAUAACUAGGUGAUAUGAAUAAUGCGCACAUGUGAUUGUUUUGAAUUAUACAGACGGGGGACCCCCCCCAAAAAAAAAGUGUGUUUGGCGUGGAAUGCGAAUUAUGAUGAUACGAGUAUGACCU